CAUCCGCUGCGCGCUGAUCCUCCAUUUUGUUGUUGAGAUCAGAGCAGGGGACGCAGCACACAUUGUUCUGUAAAUGAAUAACACACUUCUCUUAUAGCGGAUCAGAGAUAAGGCCCAGGCACGAUGCUUUCAGCUGCCCAGUUACUGGAUGAGUUGAUGGGCCGGGACCGGAACCUGGCUCCGGACGAGAAGCGCUGUAAUGUUCGCUGGGAUCACGAGACUGUCUGCAAAUACUAUCUGUGUGGCUUUUGCCCUGCUGAACUCUUCACAAACACACGAUCAGACUUGGGUCCUUGUGAAAAAAUCCAUGAUGAGAACUUGAGGAAAAUGUAUGAGAAGAGCUCCCGCUUCAUGAAGGAUGGCUAUGAGCGAGACUUCCAGCGAUACCUGCAGAGCCUCCUGGCCGAGGUGGAGCGCAGGAUUCGGAGGGGGCAUGCGCGUUUAGCCCUGUCCCAAGCCCAGCAGAACUCUGGAGCACCGGGUCCAGCUGGGAAGAACGAGGAGAAAGCCCAGGUCCUCACUACGAAGAUUGAGGAGCUUGUUGUUCAGAUUGAGGAGUUGGGCUCGGAGGGCCGUGUCGAGGAGGCGCAGGGCAUGAUGAAGCUGGUGGAGCAGCUGAAGGAGGAGAGGGAGCAGCUCAGCUCCAAUCCUUCAACGAUUGAGAGCUUUGCUGCUCAGGAGAAGCAGAUGGAGGUGUGUGAAGUGUGUGGUGCGUUCCUCAUCGUGGGUGACGCUCAGUCCAGGGUGGAUGAUCAUCUGAUGGGAAAGCAGCAUAUGGGUUAUGCCAAAAUCAAAGCCACGGUCGAGGAACUGAAGGAGAAGCUGCGUCGGCGCUCUGGGGAGCCAGAGAGGGAGGAGCCAGGGAAGAAAGAGAGGGAGGACCGGGAGCGUGAACGAGAGGAUCGAGAGAAAAGACGCAAAGAGGAAGAGAAGGAGAAGGAGAAAGAGAGGGAGAGAGAAAAGGAGAGGGAGAGAGAGCGGGAGAAGGAGAGGGAACGCGAGCGGGAGAGAGAGCGUGAUAGGGACAGGGAACGGGAAAGAGACCGGCGCAAGAGGAGUCACUCCAACAGUAGACACUCCAGCCGCACGUCUGACCGGCGCAGGAGCCGCUCGAGAGACAGGAAGAGGUCCAGGAGUAAGGAGCGCGACAGGAAGCGCAGCAGGAGUCGUGAGCGAGAGAGGAGGCGCAGCCGGGAGCGUUCGGACAGGAAGAGACGCUCUCACAGCAGGGAGAGGAGGAGGUCCCGCAGCGCCGAGCGCAAGAGCCACCGGCUCCGCAGCCGCAGCAGAGACAAGGACAAGGACAGAGGAGACCGAGACAAGGACAAAUCCUCUAGGGACAAAGAGCACAAGGACUCCUCCGAUGAGAAAAGGAGCAGCAGAAAGGGCUCGGUUGAGAAGUCUAAAGAGCUCUCCAAGCCCGAGCCCAUGGAGGCCGAGCCUCCCAAAGCGGAAGUGAACGGCACCGCGCAAGAGCUACAUUCUGAAGGUGACACACAGUCCAAUUAAAACUGGUCUGAUAGGACCUCAGAUCAGCCCCAGGAGGAGUUUGAACAGCUGCGAGAGGAAGAUUUGAAGACGUCCAUCUGACAGCUCAACUCCGCUGCUUUAAAACAAGGUGAACCACAGAUGUAGUGGCCUAUAUGAUAAAGAUGUAAAUGUAAAAUCCACAAUGUUUCCACAGGACCUUGUUCUUUUUUAUUAUGUUUGUUUGGGUUGUUGUUUUGUUUAGUUUUUUGGUCUUACUGCUAUAAGCUGGCAUGGUCCACCAUUACUUGUGUUAGUCUGCAUUCAGAGUGAAUAAAACACUUGUGGCAUGUUUGCUCUGUACAGUCCGCUCUCACACAUUGGAUUUACUGAAGAUCGGUUCUGUUCAGUAUUUUGACUUGAAGACUUGACGGUCUCUCAACUGCUUUAUCUCUUAUUUUCCCCUCUGUAUGCUCAAUCCCAAAUUUAUACGGUUUUAGAGAAGUGUUUUCAUUUUGUUCGUUAUAAAACCUGUAUUUGUCAUGAAUAAAAAUGAAGAGAAAAUGCUGA